CGUUUGAUUUCCUGUUUAGGAUUGUUUAGGAUUAAAAUUAUCCUGAGAAAUUAGUAUGGAUUAGUGUGGGUUUUUAUUAUUCCAUGGGUGUUUGAUAUCAUGUCUACUUAAUCCUAUAUGGUGUUUGAUAUCCAUAGGAUUAAGUUGGAUUAUAUUUUAUAAUACCUAAACUAACCUCAUAAAAUUUUAAUAAUUCCAAGUGUGUCCUCCAUCAAAGCCCAUAAUCUAUUCAUACACCAAUCGGCCCUUUCAUCUUCUUUUGCCGUGGGAUACAAACAGUCGCUCGUAGCAGCUGUAUACAUCCUCCAUCGCUGCAGCCAUUGUUCAGGCACUGUAGACUCGGCACCGGGAACCGCAGCCGAGUACGAGCAAGGCGAACUCGUCCAUUCUUUCAGCGCCGUCUCCUGCAACUCGAAAAUGAGUCAAGCAACAACAGGUAGCAAUGGCGCAGCCCGUUCCAGCAAGCCCAACAAGACGGACCAAAAGCGUCGUUCUUGGUCCACUCACGAAGAACAUGUGUUGCUCGCCUCGUUGAAAGAACUUGUUGCAAACGGUUGGAAAUCCGACAAUGGAUUUCGAGGCGGGUAUUUGAGCAAACUCGAGGAGGCCAUGAGGAAGGAGUACCCCGACUCUGAUUUGAAGGGAACGCCCCACAUCAACUCGAAGGUGACAACAUGGAAGAAAACAUAUUAUUCACUUUGGAACAUUCUCAAAGUUAGCGGGGUUGGCUUCAAUGUCAACGGCAAGCAUAUGAUUGACUGCGAUGACGAGCAGUGGCAAAGCUUUGUGGCUGCUGAUAAGAAUGUGACUAAUUUUCGUUACAAGAGUUGGCCGUAUUACGAGGAUUGGAAGCUGAUCUUUGGCAAGGAUAGGGCAACGGGCGAUGAGGCGGAGGACCUAAUGGAGGCGGCGCAUGAGAUGUAUCAAAAGUUGAGUAGCAGCCCGCUCAACGAUCUUGGAGAUUACCACGUCUCCCUCGACGACAUAUUUGAGAAUGACUUGACCGGGGACAAUGUAAGUCAAACCCCCAAUCAACAAGAAACCAUACCGAUUGAACAAGAGGCUCCAACAACAAGCAAGAAAAGGCGCCGUAGUGGAGGUUUCGAUGAGAAGUUUUUUGAGGCGUUGCAUGAGGUCGGGCGGGGCACGGAGUCACGACUUGAGACUAUAUCAUGUCGAAUGGGGUACGACUUCGACGUAUCAAAGGCGCGCAAAGAAGUGAAUGCCAAGUUGAGUGGCAUACCCGGGCUCUCACAACAUGAUAAGUUUGUUGUAUGCAAUAUGCUUGCGGAGAAAACGGAGUAUCUCGAUAUCUUUUCUAGCCUAUCCGAGGAUGAGAAGGGAGCAUAUGUCACGUUCCUUCUUGCUUCGAAGAAGGACAAGUGAUUCACCUUCUUCUUCGUACAAGGGGGUGUCUCUUUUUUGAACGUGGGUACACGCACUUUACUAUCGUGAUUUGGAUCUUAUUUGCUUUUUAUUGUUUCUCAACUCUUUCUAGUUUGGGAUCGCACUUUACUAUGGUGUUUUGGAUAUUAUUUGCUUUUUAUUGUUUCUCAACUCUUUCUAGUUUGGGAUAUUUGUGUUUUUAAUAGACUUCAAUGUCA